AUGACUUCUCCAGAUAUCCAAAAGGAUAUUGUAAAUUCUUGUGCAAAAGAAACAGUGAAAGCAAUUAUUGAAGACUUGAAUGGAGAUUACUUUGGAAUAUUGGUUGAUGAAUCUAAGGAUGUUUCUCAUAAGGAACAAAUGUCCCUUGUUCUGCUGUAUGUCAACAAAGAAGCUGUUGCGAUAAAACAUCGUGAUGUGAAUAAUUUUUUUGACAUUCUUUCUAAUGUUUUAAAUAAUGUUGGAGGUUCUUUUAAGCGUAGGGAAAUGCUUCGUGGGGAUCAAGCUGAAAAAUUAGAGGAAUUAUUAAUGCUUGGUGAAGUUCAUACAGGAAGUGGAUUAAACCAGGAACUCGGACUUCAAAGACCAGUUCUUGAAAAUGAGGGAGUAAAUUAUCACGAGAAAGCAAUGGCAAAAAGUCUAGUGGGAGACAUUAAAUCUUAUGAGUUUAUCUACAUAUUGCAUUUGAUGUUAAAGAUUUUGGAAAUUACAUAUGAUUUGAAUAUGGCUCUGCAACGAAAAGAUCAAGAUAUUGUUACUGCCAUGAAGCUUGUCGAUCUUGCAAAGAAACAAUUGCAAUCGAUGAGGGAAUCUAAAUGGAAUUAUUUGGUAGAAGAUAUAUACCUAUUUUGUGAAAAGAAUGAUAUUAUGAUCCCUAAAAUGGAUGAGAAAUAUGGUCUUGGAAAGUCGAAGCGUAAAAGUUCAAGUGUUACAUAUUCUCUUCAUUUGUGUGUGGAAGUUUUUUAUGCUGUUAUAGAUUUGCAGCUUUUAGAACUUAACAAUAGCUUUAAUGCAGUGAAUAUUUAUCUACUUCUAGGAAUGGAUUUGAGUCCCGAUAAUUCCUUUAUAAAUUAUGAUAAAAAGAUCAUGAAGCUUGCAACGUAUUAUCUGAAUUAA